AUGGAUAUAAAUAUAGGGCGGAUCGACAGUCUGUUUGAUUUCCAGGCAUUCGUAAACGUGGAAGUUGGCUCAGGUUUUCGAUGGUUCCGAGACGGCGGAUGUUACACUCUGCUCCUUGUUCCGUUUCGCUCCGAAGAAGAGAAGUCUCGAUCCGAGAGUCAGGCUUCCUCGGUGAUGGCUCUUUUCGCGAACGCUUUCCGCCCGGUGAUUACCAAUUACAAACACUACGAGCCCAUUCGGUGUGGUUCGAGCUCGCGUGGAAAGAAACCAUCGACCGUGUCGGUGGACGACGACGAGUUUCCAUCCUUUCGUCGAGCGAUGUCGGACUCGAUCUCACGGCCGUGCACCGAGAGGAACCGAUGGGGCCAUUUCUCGGGUCCCCGAAUGAGGAACCCGAAGCGGUUCCAUUCGUGUCCCAUCGAAACCGUGACAGCAAAACAGGCGAUGAUUGCAAAGGCAACAACGGCUUUGGAGAACAUGGGGAAGUUCCUGCUGGUCGUGACUAUGGUUUUGGUUGUUGCUGGCCUUUGGGAGAGUGCUCAUGCUCAGCUCUGCCUUCUCCCCGGGGAGGCAGGCCACAUCGCUUGCAUCAAUUGGUGCAAGCUCACUCGGGAUUGCAACACGGGAUACUGCCUUAAUGGAGAGUGCCACUGCAUUCUCUGUGAACACGGUGGAAAAUGACCAUCGCUCUUUCCUCGGUCACUGCUCUAUUUUUUCGAAAAUAAAAGCACUGGAAAGGAGAAUACA